UUAAUCUAAAAUCUACAACUCUUCCACCAAACGCAGAAGCGAAAAUCUCAAAGAAAGCGAUUAUUUAUCUCUCUUUUUUAACUAUCCAAACGCGAAAUAAACAAAACCGAAACCAGCUUAGCUUUUGAAUUCAACUAACAAACAAAACGACAGCGAACAAGAUGUUUCGGGAGACAAUCGCCGUGUCCGCCGCCACGACGCGGUGGGCGAGUCAUCAUCAAACUCAGUGGACUCGGGACCACGACAAGCUCUUCGAGCGAGCUCUGUUGAUCGUGCCGGAGGAUUUGCCGAACCGGUGGGAGAAGAUCGCCGAGAAAGUUCCGGGGAAGUCGGCGGCGGAAGUUAGGGAUCACUAUGAAGCUUUGGUUCAUGAUGUGUUGGAGAUUGAUUCCGGAAGGGUUGAGGUUCCGAGUUACUCUGAUGAAUCGGCGGUGAAUGAAUGGGAUUCUUCUAAUCAAAUUUCGUUUGGUUCGAAGGUUAAACAUGGCGGUGGUGAUAACGAGAGGAAGAAAGGAACGCCGUGGAGUGAAGAAGAACAUAGGUUGUUUCUUAUUGGGCUUAGCAAAUAUGGGAAAGGAGACUGGAGAAGCAUAUCAAGAAAUGUUGUGGUGACCAGAACACCAACCCAGGUAGCUAGCCAUGCUCAAAAGUACUUUCUUCGCCAGAACUCGGUGAAGAAAGAGCGAAAAAGAUCAAGUAUUCAUGACAUUACUUCUGUAGACAGUGACUCUGCUCCUACCCCUAUUGAUCAGAACUGGGUUCCUCCUCCCGGUGGUGUUUCAAUGCAACAAUCUCAAGAAAUGCAGCACUAUCCAUCAAACAAUUUUCAAGAUCAAAUGGGUACAUAUGGGUAUUCAAGUUAUGGCUUUCAGAUGUAAAGAAUGCUAGAACCAGUGUGAUUUUGUACAUAAUGCAUUAGGUUUUUUUUACUUCAUAUAUUUAUCUGUUUUUAUCUGUGGAGUAGUUUAUGGUGUUUUUAGAUGACAGAGUAACUAGGAGUAUGUUGAUAGUGAUUGAAUUAUUAGUUGGUGUAGUUACUUGAAAGAAAUAGGGAAGUUUUAGGUAUAUGAAUUCAACAGGAAUGGAAAAUUCUUUCUGAGUA